AUGGGUGGCCACGCAUUCAAGCGCCUCCACUGCCCUCGCAUGCCUCCUACUGUCUAUAACCAGGUCAAGUUGCAACUAACUACCGCACUACACACGAUCUUCUCUCACGUUGUUGUGGCCACUGAGAUGCCGUGCAAGCAUGACUAUGGCGAUGUCGACUUCUUCGUCUCCGGACCACUUCACUCUCCUACCAGUAAGACAAUCGAAACUUUCGACUGGAAAGGAACCAUCCACGCUAUCAAAGCCGCAUUCAAUACCAUCCAUGGACGCCGCGGCUUUCUUAAUCCCGACUGCAUGUACUUUGCUGUUGCUGCCCCUGACCCCGACGAUGAUUACUUUAUCCAAGUCGAUGUCAAGGUCUGCUUCAAGCCGAAAUCAUUCGAGUGGAACACGUUCCAGCUGAACUACGCUAGCAAUAGCAAGAUUAUCGGCAGUAUGGUCAAGCCGCUGGGCCUUACUAUCGACCCUGAGGGACUACAUCUUCGUGUGGAAGAGAUCGAAGAGACCAAUUUCCCUGGAAGCAUGAUUUGGGUUAGCAGAGAUGCGAAGGAUCUACUGAGGAUUGUUGGUCUAGAUAGGAGGAUCAUUAACGCGGGGUUCAGGACCGAAGACGAGAUCUAUGAGUACUUUGCUAGCUCCUGGCUCUUCAACCCAGCACACUUUGCAGCGCGCUUGGCUGAAGAGAAGUAUUUCGACCGCCUUGAAGAUCGCUCACCACACUGGAUAUACUUCCUUAAAGAAUGGAUUCCGGAGCACUAUCCAGGCUAUCAGUUGUCGGCUGAAAACACUGAACGCUUUGACGUACAGAACAACGAGUUGCAGGCAUGGUACAAGCGAAAUAGAGCAGCUGUUCGCGAGAAAGUCUUCAACAUGUUCCCGCACAUCGCAACAGAGUAUUAUAUCAAGCGAUCUGCUUACAUGAAGGUGCUAGAAGAGCACAAGCUGAGAGAGGCGAUUGCCAACGCCAUUCCUACCGAGAGGAAUGGUUGGACGGACGAUUUCCUACAGCCCAAGAUCGUCAUCAAGCAGCCAGCCUCAGCGACAGCGCAGCUCCCUCCGAUGGAGAUUAGCGAAAUAAUUCCACCAUCACCUUGUUCACAUAUGGGUAAGGGAUCCGGCCGCGAUGUGACCUUGUCUAAAAUUCUUCCAACGAAGACACACCCUCUCACGCCUCCAAGCGAGCCAUGGGACAUACCUGUCUACCUCGAUGCUCUUCCACGCACACCUCCAUUGGCCUGCACGCCCUAUCCGCCACCGGCCAAUAUGUCUCGUGAAGCCAAACUCCUCUGUCUUGCGCGCUGGACGCGCUUCGAUCCCUCCACUGGGACACCUUAUCUCCUCCCCACGCCCCACGGCAAAGACUUCGAAAUGCACUGGGCAGACGCCACUUAUGCAGGUGCCACAGAACAAGUUCUAACCGAGUGGGCAAGGGAGAUGUGGUGGCAUAUCUGGAUCAGGCAAUCGCAUGUCAAUUAUGUCGGGAUGUGGAAGAAGAGGUUUGAGAAGGAAGACCUCAAGGCGGAGAAGGAGAAGCUGGUAGAGGAAGCGAGGGUCGAGGCGGAGAAGUUGACGAAGGCGAAUAGCGAGAAAAUUAUGGCUAGGAUGAAGACGUUGAAUGUGCGAUUAGGGUUGGAGGAGUCUGGGUAUGUGGUAUCUUAGGACGUAUCGACGAGGAAGAACGUGUCUUUCCUCUCAAGCCUUUGGAUCUGGUAUAGUGUAGACGUAGGUCAAGGACAUUCUUUAAGGCGGGCUCUCUUCGCUUCGUUAGCCACG